UUAAAGGAGAGCCCUAAACUAAAGCUAGCUAGCUGCUGGGUGAAGCAAAACUGAAUUCUUUGUUGCUGUUGGAUCAUUUCCUUGUUUAGCCAAGACGGGUGUGCCAGUGUGGAUGUUGGGGUUGGGUGUUGAUCGGUUGCGAGCCGAUAUGAAUCGGUUGCUCGCAAUGCUCUUUCAUCAGGGAGUAUUGGAUGAGCAAUUCUUGCAACUGCAGCAGCUUCAAGACGAGAGCUCCCCAAACUUUGUUUCUGAAGUUGUCAACAUCUACUUCCAAGAGUCGGAGAAGCUCUUGAGAAAUCUCAGAGCGCUUCUGAUGGAUAGGGAGUUCUCAGACUACAAGAAAAUGGGAAUCCAUUUGAAUCAGUUCAUCGGAAGCAGCUCAAGCAUUGGUGCCAAGAGACUCAGAAACGUCUGCGUUGCUUUUCGAGCCGCUUCUGAACAACAUAACCGUGCUGGGUGCUUGAGAGCUUUAGAGCUGCUGGAACAUGACUAUUGCUACCUUAAGAAUAAACUGCACGAGUUAUUCCAGAUAGAGCAGCAACGAGUGUUGGCAGCUGGGGUUCGGUACCCAAUACAGCAGAUCAAUUAAAGCAAUAAUUCAGCCGUAAAACCCAGCUGUUGCUGCUCGUCUCUCACUUAAAAUCAAGCACGUUCAUAACCCCAGUACCACUGUAGUUGGAGUACUGCUAGCUACCCUAUUGCAGAAGAAAAAUAGAUCCAUUGAGGACGCAAGGUUUUUAUGUCACUGCUGUAAACCCACCAGCAUGCAUGUGUAUGUAGGCCAUUAUUGUAGAGAUCAGUAUGCUUUGAGAGUUUGAGUGAAACUGAAAUCUAGCUAAUUCUACUUCUACCUUUUCGAGCUAAGCUUAGCUAGCUUCCUUAACUGCAUG